CUUGCCUUGUCUUCACCCGGCUCUACCUCCAGUCUGCACGCAUUGUCAUCUGCUGAUUCAGUGCCUUAAGCAUCCUCCUUCACGCCACGGGCAAGCUCUGUAACGUUUGUUGGAAUUGUUAGAUACUAACAACAGCAGUCAUGGCCAAAACAGUAGCCGCUUACAAAGAGAAGAUGAAGGAGCUCUCUGUCAUCUCUCUCAUCUGCUCCUGCUUUUAUCCAGAGGCUCGCAACAAUCUAGUCUGUGAGUUUGAAGAUAUGGAAGUAAAGCCCAUUAACAAGCGUGCCUCAGGCCAAGCCUUUGAGGUCAUCCUCAAACCGCCCUCCCCAACAACUGACUCGGCCCACAACCUCGGGUCACUCCCCAAGAAGAAGGACGUGUCCCUGGAGGACAUUCAGAAGAAGUUGGAAGCUGCAGAGGAUCGAAGAAGAUCCCAGGAGGCCCAGGUGCUGAAGGCUCUGGCCGAGAAGCGAGAGCAUGAGCGCGACGUCCUGCUGAAGGCCAUGGAGGAGAACAGCAACUUCAGCAAGAUGGCCGAGGAGAAGCUGACGCUGAAGAUGGAGCAGAUCAAGGAGAAUCGCGAGGCUCACCUCGCUGCUCUGCUGGAGCGUCUGCAGGAGAAGGAGAGACGUGCAGCUGUUGUGCGCCGGAACAAAGAGUUGAGAGAGGAGCUGACAGCGUGAGACCUCGGGUCACAAUUAUCCUGCCACAGCAUCCCUAACACAAAUCCAUACACACUCAUUUAAAUAUGCACACAGGCAUACACAAGAACACACAUAGCCAUACAUUCACAUACAAAACACGCUAGCACACGUCACAAGUAAAGAACACAACUGUAACAGUAUUUCAGUAUCUCAGUAUUACCCAUUCAAGUCAAAUAUCCAAGUAUCACACUUCAACAGAAUGAAUGACUUUGCUUGAUUUCAUAGAAUAAAAAGAAACACAUGAGUACUGUUUUGUAAAUGUAUCAUUUUUAUUACUCAUCUUUCUGUACCCUUGGUCCUCUCUCUCUCUCUCUCUUUCCCAUCUGUCUCCAAAAUGGCUUAAUAAAUGUGCCAUGUUACCCA